UGAUUCUCUGUGUUUUUCAGUUGAACAGGUAUCAUUUACGCCAAAAAAGCUCAAUUGGGGGAUCAUGUACUCUUUCGCGAACACCCAGACACCAGCAAGAAUAUUCGCGAAUUGUUUUGACCGCAGCUGCUUUAUGGGUUACAGAAUACAACCAAAACCAUUCAUACCGACAAACACAAGAAUCAAAACGGAGAAAGAUACAGUGACUGAUAAAAUGGCUCCUUCAGUCUCACAGGCUGAAACGCUUCAGGCUCCUCCCUCUUCUCAUUUUCCGGGAUGGGGUAGCUCCUUGAAUCUCCAGGAAUUACAAAUCCAAGGUGCUUCAAAUGAUAACCAAGAAGUUACAUAUUUAUUCCCAGAUACCAUUGCUCUAGAAUCUAUCUGUGAUAAUCAAGAAUCACAAUAUGAAAUAACAUCAAUAAGAGGCUUUGAGAUCUAUAUUGUGGAGCAAUGGGCUUGUGAAAGAAAAUAUGGAACUGUCAUUACAGCAUUCACUGGUGAUAGUGAACAUGAGAUAAAAGUUGGGAAAGUUAAUUUACCACUAGAUACCUCCAAAUGGUCAGAUAAACUGAUGCAUUUUUUCCAAGAAAUUGCAGAAUCUGGAGCAAAGCCUAAGAAAACAGAAGAAGGGUUCUUAUUCAUAACAAAUUUAUCAUCAUUCCCAUCAAAUUUAAAUUUAUUACCAAUUCCAUGUGGUUGUGUACUGGAUACCUGGGAAUAUUUCAAAGUUAAUGUCAAUUUAAGAAGAAUGCACUGUGGUGGUAGAUCUGCUCUGUUGUUAUGCUCACCUUCUGAUGCUAGCGGUGAUAAGUUUCGUCAAAUUUACAAAACACAUCCAAAAGUUGAUGUGAUGUAUGCUGUCAAAGAAUUAGUUAUGCUGGUACAGAUAUGUCUUGUUGAUUUUAAGUUACUAGAUCCAAACUUUGUUGAUGGAUUGCUGUGUGAUAAAACCGUUGAAAAGAUUAAAGAUUGGUGGAGACUAUUUGGUUCCGCAUAUUAUGGCACAACUCCGAAAGAUGGUUUAUUAGGACCAACAACAGUGGCUGCUAUACUAGGAUUUGUUUUGAGUUGUCAUUUCAGAUUAGAUAUUGCAGGAUCUGAUUUUCCAAAGGAACCUUUCAAUUACUUCAGCUUCAGAGUCAAUGUCGGUAAAUUUCAAAAGCAAUACAAUUUGAAAAGAACUUGGUAUUUAGAUCCAAUUACAGUUGAGAAACUCUUCAGGGUUACUACAAAAAUUUCAAACACAGAUAUCUCCAAGUUGAAAAAAGUUGUGAAGUCAACAGUGCAAGAUAUUUCAGGUAAAGGUAGCUCCAUUCAAUAUGCGCCUGAGGUGUUGACACUAGAUUUGGAGAAACUGAUCAAAUAUUUCCAUUGCAGUGCUAGAUUAACAUAUUUAUGGUACGGUAAAGGUGAUAUAAGAGAUAUCAAAGGGUUUGAUUAUCAUGAAAGGGGAAUUCCUGCUUCAAGUUUAAGAUCUGGUGUUGGCAAAAUAAGGAGUCUUCCAAGAAGGCUACAAGAUGAUAAUGUAUCUGAGAAAAGAGCAAAGGAGAGACAAAGCGAAACUUGCAAAGAGGUUGAAGAUGAACCUCAAGAGCAACAACUCUGUCAACAACUAGAUGAAAGAUUUAAGAAACAGAUUAUGAUGAAGAAAAAACUCACCACGGAUGAAUCAUUCAAUAAUGAGCUUCGGAGAAGAUGUUCAUUCCCAUUCAUUAGAAAUGAAAUCAGUGUUGGUCAAAUAGAGUACGAAAAUUUACCAAUUUCAAGAGUGUCCAAUAUAACUACAAACACCAUUAUGAAAAGGUCAAAAAGUUUUUCAUUUGUGGAAAAUUCGCUUUCAAGAUGGGAUUUUGUUCCUUCUCCUUAUAACUUUGGUGAUAAAGUGAAAUCAUUGAAAUCAAAGCUCUACAUUCAUCAACAUUCAACGGAAGAAUUCAAUAAAGUUAAAAAUCAAUAUGCAAAGACUGUCGAAAAAUCACAUAAUGAGUUGGCAAAAUUGAAUCAAAUGGUGAAACCAAUAAACAGACAAUAUGAAAUUCAAACACAAGCCGGUGAAAGAGCCAAAAUGAAAAUGGAAGACAUACAAGCUCUUAGUGCAAGGCUAGAAUAUGAAUUGAGAAUUUUAUCAACAAGAGUUCGUGAUACAGAAGAUAGUGUUGAUCAAUUUGUCUCUAAGGUGCAAUCAUUAGAUAAAUCAAUAUCCGAAUCUAAUGCAUGCCUGAAAUUCAAAUCAAAAGAUUGGGAUGGACAUUCUGAAAACAUUGACGAAAACAACAUGAUGGAAAUUUGUUGGUAUUCGAUUGUAUCUAGAUUUGAUGUGGACAGGUUGAAGCAUUUAUGGAUGAAGUUUGAUCCAAGUUUUGGGUAUGCCAAUUGGAUACGUGAUAAGCUCUUUUGCUCCAAUGAACAACAAGAACAACCAUUACCAAAAACAACUGUUUCAUCUUAUGAAAGUAAGAAACAAGCUGACAAUAAGAAUUCAUUUGUCAACACUGAAAAGGCAAAACAAAAUUAAUGAUUUAAUAAUUUUAAUCAAGGGGAAUAUCAUUGGGUAUAAGGGUAUAGGAUAAUGGAUUUUAUAUAAUAAUGGUCAUUUCUGUAGUCUUUCUAACUUUUGUAUAGCUUGUACCAAUUCCUUCCUUUUACCAUUAUAGUAACCGACAUUGUUUUCUUUUGAAAUUAAUUCUUGUUCAAAAUCUCGAAGAAUCACUAGCAAUGUAUC